GGUAUGUUUUAUAUGUUGUUCAAUUUCCAUGUAAAACAACAUUUUCUUGCGAUGAUUUGGCAAUGUCAUUUUUUCUAAAAACAUGGACCUAACUCAUAACAGACCAGACAUUUAUAUAUAGAACGAGUCUUUGGGCAAAAAUGACCUAGUGGAGAACUAAAAUUUUAGCUGGCGCCACUUUUGAUUUUUUUUUUUCAACUCUUUCGUAACAACCCUAACUGAAGCAUGUUUACUCCCUGGGGCCGAAAUGCGACUAUAGGCGUUAUAUUUUCUACCCCCGUAGCGUCGAUAUCCGACUAUACGCGCGUUAUCAGAACUCCCCAGGACGGCGAUUGACGAGUGUAGUCGCGGCACCGAGAUCAUGCUGAUUGUGACAUGUACUUGUUAAUUUUUGAUAAUCUUGGCAAAAGCAAAAUUAUUUUGCAUACUGGGUAUUAUUUUUUAUAAUUAGUGCUAAUUAGUUCCCUUGUUAAAAUAAGUGUUUGCCAUUAUGCGGCCAUGUAAAGACGAAAUCCACUGUGUUUCGUUGAUACUGUAUUUCAAAGGAGUAAAAUAAUGUCGUCUGCCAAAAUAUUUCUUAAAAUAAAGAAAAUAUUCAUUAUCAUGCAGCUUCUGCCAUAUCAGUUCCGUUCGAUGUUGAUUCAGACGAUGAAAUUCCAUUAUCAGGUAAAUGAAUGGUCGGAAAAUGUUAAGUUUUAGAAGGCUGAAAUAUUCGUACACUUACAUCGAAUACGAUACAAACUGAAAAACAUGAACACAACAAAACAUAUUUUAUAAAAUACAAAAACAACGUGACUACAUAAACAUAUGAUUGUAAAUUUAAUAAUCUUUCAAAGGUAAAUGUAUAUAUUACAAUUUAACUGUCUCAUCGCGUGCCACAAAACGUUUGUGUACAUGUAUACAUCAAAAUUAAAUAAAGGCAUGAUCGAUAUUCACACAAAAACGGGUGUCAAUUUUAAGUAUGCGUUUGUACAAAGUCUUUGUUAAUAUUGUAUUUCUAUUCAAUGGAGUUCAAUGUCUUUACAUGUGAAAAAGUAAGUGAACCAGAAACGUUCAAAUAUUUUCAACGCAGUAGGUUUGUUAAAAUUGUGAAUACUUCGAAGUGAAAACUUUUUCUAUUUGGAUAUAGGUUACGGAUGAAAUAGGAUAUAAGAAUAUUUUUUGAAACUUCGAAGGUUUUUCGUAACUGUCCCUAAGAUGUACCAAGUGCAGGAUUGACUGGAAAGGGAUUACAGGAAAUAUGGAUGAUAGCCUCACAAUUGUUCUCCUCGGUCCAGAUUUCUCUGGCAAAACCGAGUUAUGCAAUAGGUUUGCAGGAAAUGAUUUUAAGGGAGAUACCCCAGCACCUUAUGGCCCAGUAUUUCAUUCAAGGUUAUUUGGACAUGGUCGGAAAAAAGUAUUUGUAGGACUUUGGGAUACACCCGGUCACGAAAGAUAUUUCGGGGUAAACGAAAUGUUUCUGAGACGAACACAUGUACAUGGUAUUGUGUUUGUGUAUGACAUAACAGUCGAAAAGAAUUUUGUUCAAGCAAAGGAAUUGAUGGAAAAGCAGAAAUGGAUACUAGCUGAAUGUGAAGUGAUUGUGGUAGGGAAUAAGUGUGACUUAGAACAUAGAAGAGAAGUAAGCACGUUCAAGGGCUAUGAGCUUGCCAACGAAUAUAGUGCAAAAUUCUUUGAAGUAAGUGCCAAAACCAACGUUAAUGUCCAGCAUGCAUUGAGCACACUACUAAGAUCUGCAUUAGCAAGGAAAGAUAGAAAGAAGGAUAUAGUUCCUGAAGAAAUCGGACAGGAUCCAUUUGCAUUACUCUUGUAUGAAAAAGCGUUGCAAUCAGGAAAAGAGAAAGAUAAGUCAAUUCGUGUAAAUAUAGUUGGAAACUUUAGACAAGGUAAAACGACACUAAUGAGGAGAUUGUUGGGACAAAAGAUCAAGGUUAUUAAAAGUACUGAUGGAAUAGUUGUAGAACAUUACAAAUGUGAAAAAGACAGAAAUGGGAAAUUACGCUAUACCAAAGCAGACGACAUUGAUAAAUCGGAAUAUGUCAAACGCUUGGUCUUUGUCGCUGUAAGUGAAAAGAAAAAAAACACAGAGAUGCAAGUACAAUCAUUGACAGAAUCAAACGUUUUGCACGAUACAAAACCAAAGGUCUUAGAAUCUUCUGUUAAUGAAGAUAACAGAGAUUUACGAAGGGACUUGAAUGCAGAAACAAAGAAUGUGUCAUCAGAUGGAAACAAAACUGCUGAUGUUUUGAAUAAAAUUUCGAUUUUAUCUCAAGAGGAAAAGGGGGUGUUUGCAGAAGCUCUGAAAACCAAUCCGGCAUCUCCGCAGCAAGAAAGGCAAACCGUAUUUGAUAUUUGGGAUUUUGGUGGUCAGUAUAUUUUCUAUGCAACUCAUACAAUCUUUCACAGCAAAAGGGCAAUUUAUCUGUUGGUGUUUGACUUGACUUUAGAUCUGAACCAAUGUAUUUCUGAUGAAAAACAUCCAACUGAUUCAGAACAUAGAAACAUGAAAUACUUUAUACAGUUUUGGAUGAGUUCUAUCCAUUCGUUUGUUGGGUCAGCAGAUGGAUCAGUUCCAAAGGUUAUUCUUGUUGGAACUCACAAAGACAAACUGAGGGGAAAGAAAGACGAAAAAGAAAGAUAUAUCAAAACAUACUUUGAAGAAAUAAGACAGAUAUUUGAUGGAACGAAUUUGUCUAACCAUAUUCAUUCUGAUGACUUUGCAGUUGACAAUACUGAUUCUAAAGAUCCCUCACUAAAUUCACUGCGUGAAGCGAUCAUUAGAACUGGAGAUAAACUAUCAGAAACAGUUGAAAUACCCCUGAAGUGGAUUCAAUUGGAGAAGUCUCUGCUGGAAAGAAAACACCUCAAACUUAUUUCAGUUAAGUUCGUCAUGGCGAUAGAUUCAGAAAAUGAGUUUCCUUUAGGUGAUAUGGAACAGAUCAAACUAUUCCUUCGUUAUCAUCAUGCCAAAGGCACACUUAUUUAUUUUGAUGAAGAACCAAUAUCCGAAUAUGUUGUGCUUGAUCCUCAAUAUCUCAUCGAUGCAUUCAAGUGUAUAAUCACAGCCGAAAGAUUCUGCACAAAUGAACCAGAAAUCCGUCCACUUUGGAAGAUGUUACUGUCAGAGGGAAGACUUGAGAAACAGCUGAUUGACCGUCAGUGGGGAAAACCUGAUAAUGAACUCGACAUGUUUAUGCAAAACAAAGAAAUCCUUCUUUCAUUUCUUGUGAAGCAUCACAUUAUAUCAGAAGCAAAGGCAUUCGAUGAAAACUCCAAACUAUCGUCAGGACUAGGUUGGUUUGUGGUCCCAAGUCUGUUGAGCAACCAUUCAUCGCAAACAGAAAAGACAGAAUUUCUUAACGGAAAGAAAUUGACGAAACUUCACUAUGUGUUAGUUUUCAAUACCUCGCCAAUAGUACCUACAGUCUACCAUCGUUUAGUAUCAGCUGCAAUAGGAAAGUGGCCAGUAGCAAAAGCUGGUAAGAAAACAUUACUAUUUAAAGAUAUGUGUAUAGUCAGACUGAACGUCGACCACGCCGGAAUAUUAGAGAUUAGGCAUGACAGCAUUGAGAUGACAGUUGUUAGUCUGUGUCACGCGACAAAUGUUAACAGUGAGCAAGCUGACAGUUUUCGACGAUUUUUGGAAUCUGUAACAGUACAUGAAUUUCAGAAGCUACGGAGUACAGAAGAGACCAGUGACAAACCAUACACCAUUAUGUUCCGAUGCAAUCAUGACAGUCAUGGUUCAAGUGGAAGCGAAAACCUAAUUUCCUUGGAUGACAUGAGGAGAGGAAAUGUAGUACCAUGUCCAGACUUGAUGCCCCAUGACAUCGACAUGGAAAUGGCAAAGGAAGAGUGGUUUCAAGAGAACAAAAAAAUGACAGUCAUUCCAGACAUUCAGUUGACAGACAAAUUACUUAGUCGCUUGUCGCAGUGCAUUGGUGAAAACUGGCAAUUGCUUGGGCUCGAACUUGGGUUGACGCAAGUUCAGAUAGAUCAUAUUAUUGAAGACCAUCCACGAAGCGCUGUCAUGAGGAUAUAUGCCAUGCUUCAAAGGUGGUGUCAGGAAGAUGUAGAUAAAGCAACACUAAGUGUACUUGUUCAAACCCUGCAACGAUAUACGCAUGUGCACGUUGAUUGGGACAAACUGAGAAACCUUAUAGAUGAACUAAGUUAAGAAGUCACAAUAAACUGAUUCACUGGAACAUCAUAUAUAAGCUGACGGGGUAAAAUUGAAAAUUUGAAAGGUCCACAAGUGAGCACAAUAUAUGACAAACUUGAAUUUAUAUUUAGACUUGACUUACUUCAUCCUGAGAAUGUGAUUAACAUGUUAACAGAUGUAUUAUGUUAAACAGACGACUUUGUGAAGAUAUUUACAUUUUGCUCUGCUUUGUACAUUUUCAAAAGCCUCUUGUGUAAAGUGUAGAAUACAGACACACCUAUGUAUAAAGGCUUUGUUAUGUUAAUGUUUUACUUAUUGAAGAGUUUUGAAGAAGCAAUGUGGUAAGGUCGAUAAGGAAUCGUCGGAAUAUUUUAUUUCAGUACUCGACAGAUUACUUUCUAUAGUAGUCGCGAGCAUUAUCGUGUAUGUGUGUCUAUUAAUUCUCAAUCUCGUGUAUAUUCUAACGAAUUGAUCCUUCACAUUUAAAUGAGUAGGUACAUAUGUAACGCGCACCUGCUGCAUGGACUUUGUUUACCUCAAUUUUACAUGACUUAAAGCUCUGGAGUUACACCAUUCUUAUUAAAACAACCUUGCUCACCGUACACAAGAGCUUACAAGGAUACUGUUAACACACUACUCGAAAUGUUGAAGGAGUGGUCAGUAUUCGCCUUUUAACAUAUUCAUUUAACGUCUGUUCAGAAAAUAGGUUUCGCCUCGCGAGUAUAUUUGAUCCCUUCUUUCAAAGUCUUGGUAGUCGAUUCUGAAAUAUAUUUUACACUCAUACAUGGUCACGUUUACAUUUAACAUUUCUAAAAGAAUAUAACUCUAUCAAUAUCCUUUAUAAUUUAUAAUGUCGUAUCAGUUAAUAUUCAUUUUAGUACAGACAAUAUUCCAGCUUUUAGUUAAGACGUGCGUUUUAAUGUAAUAUCUUUUCAUUUGAUUUAUAGAUAAAUAUGCUGAAGAAAGAAAAUAUUGUUGAAUUAAAUAAAAAAAAGUCUCAAGUCUUUAAAAAUGUUUUAAAUAUGUUCAACAUGUCCAAGAUUUUUCAAACGCCGUUUGUUUUGACCCAACAAACAAUGAAAACUUAUCUUCUCCAAAAGCGCAUAUUAACACUACGGGUAACUAUAUAAAAUCACUAAACAUAAGCCUCAUCUAAAAAAAAUCAAAAUCUGACACAAGAAGAUUUUCGUAAUGUAUAUUUUUGUGAGUGUGAAUAAUAAAUGUGGGCAUUAAGGUGGUAUUUUGCCUGUACUAAGCGAUUCGUGACUAUCGCACAUGAAACUCAUAUUCGGGUAAGCUUUAUUUGGAUAUUUACAGUGAUUAAAUUAUCGUCCCUGAUAAGAAUAUCGAAUAUCAAAAUUAAAGAUGUAUUCAUUAAAUUCAAAAUCUUAACUCGUAAUGGUAUAAAGCAAACAUAUCAUACACCAGCCAGUUUUAUUGGUAUUUUAGAAACUGACCAGGUAUAUGUAGGGAGUGAUUGUUUUCCAUUACAGAAACUGACCAGGUUUGUGUAAGGGAUUAUUGGUUUCCAUUGUAGAAACUGACUGUGUGUAUGGAAUGCUUGUUGUACAUUAUAAUAAGGGAACAAUUGUUAUACAGUGUAGAAUCUGACCAAUGCUUGUUUUAAAAUAGUUUACUGCAUAUACCUUACAGUCUCUAUAAUGUACAACAAUCGUUCCCUACACACACCUGGUUAUUUUAUACAAUUUACAACGAGAACAGUUUUUUGUUUGGAUAAACAAUUACAACGGGUUAAGAAAGUCUUCA